AUGAGCGACUUGGCGAGACGAGAUCAACUUUCUUCCAAGAAAAUGUUCGAAUUAUUGGUUUUGUAAAUGUUUGUUCAAAAAAACAACGUUUCCAUUUAAAUGUCGCGUUAAAUAUAUUAUUCCCGGCACAAAAAACAGUUCGUACGAACAAAUGAGGUAGUGUUCCAUGAGCGCGGACGGAUUGAGAAUUUGGAAACUGCGGAGGCACGGAGUGCGGCGACAUGACAAGACCGGGCCCGCCCAAUGAGAACUUGCCGACUGUAAAAUUGGUGGUAGUCGGCGAUGGCGGCGUCGGCAAAAGCGCCAUCACUAUCCAGUUCUUCCAGAAAUUGUUCGUGACGGACUACGACCCUACCAUCGAGGACUCGUACAUACAGCAUACCGAAGUGGACGGACAAUGGUGCAUCUUGGAUGUGCUGGACACGGCCGGGCAGGAGGAGUUCAGCGCGAUGCGCGAGCAGUACAUGCGCAAGGGCGACGGGUUCCUGCUCGUGUACUCCGUCACCGACAAGCAGAGCUUCGAGAACAUUCGACAUUUCCACACGCAGAUCUUGAGGGUCAAGGAUAGGGAGACGUACCCGAUGCUGGUGGCGGCCAACAAGGUGGACCUCGUGCACGUGCGCGCGGUCUCCGCGGACGAGGGCCGGGCGCUGGCGCGGCAGCUCGGGGCGCCCUACAUCGAGACCAGCGCCAAGGAGCCGCCGCUGAACAUUGACGCCGCCUUCCACGAGUUGGUCCGCAUCAUCCGUAACCACCCCCAGCAAGAGGACAAGCAACGCCGCCGCAACAAACUAGGCAAGUGCGUGUUGCUGUGACACACACACACAGACAAACAUACAUUGGAACAACUCUACAUUGCACCACAAUGGCUGCGCGCUUAGCAGGUAAAGCGGUAUGUUAAUGUUGCAUUUAUGUCUCGACAUCGAUUCGCAAGGUCCAAUUUUUUGGUGAGAUUAAUUAGUCUUAAAAAUGGGGAUUCCAGGUGUUAAUGAAAAACUUCCAUGGAAAGGUUCAAAGAAAGAAAGUAAUAUGUUUAAGUAUUGGUAACAUGCACGCAAAAAGAAAAAGAAAAAUAUCGAAUGACGUAUACCAAAAUGGCGACCAUUUUAAGCAGUAUCAUCGCGCAAACUACGCUUCUGGUCCUUCUAGAAAACCAAAGUUUAUGUAAUAAUAUCGGUUCAAAUUAAAUGGUUUGCUGAGACUGAGGUUUACAAUAAAACUGAAGUAUUCAGGGAUGGCAUUCAAUGUUGAUCAAGCCGUCUGCUGAAGUAGAGAUCUGCUUGAAACACCGAAUAUAUUUGUAUGUUAUUUAAUGGUAUUCGGUACCAUACAGAUUUUGUUACAGUUCUAUAAUUGCUCGAGACGUUUCUUUACGUAUAUAAUAUAUAAGUAAAUUUGAGAUUAACGUCGCACAAUAUAUCGUUAAUUUUUCAUUAAAAAUCAGUUUUUGAAAAUUGAUAAUAGUUAACUUAGCGAAUAAUCUUUCGAGGCUAUUUACCAAAGUCGCACAUUUGUUGCACACAAACUCACCCAUAAUAUAAUUUUCUAAUAGAACACUUUCUAAGGCGAUAGGUAUGUCAUUAAAAUUGAUUCUUAACCUUAAGAUGUAAGGUAUUUAAAAUCAAAUUAUAUCCACCAUCGCCUUAAAAAGAGGUGAGCGAUAUGAUCGCUCGGUUGUUCAGUAUUAAUAUAUGUUUUAUUUAAAUAAUGCAUAGCAUUUGUUAGUUGUAUAAGUUUAGUCGCAUAGAAAUAUCAACUUACAGCAAAAAGUACAGAAAUUUUUCCUCAUGACCGAAAUAGAAAUGUAUUUUUUGGUAAAACAGUAAUAAUUUUAUUCUGUUAUGAAUUUUUGGAAAAUCAAAUGGCCAUGCGGCUAAACAGUUGUAGGGUGUCAUAUAGUCAGCACAUUGAGUAUAAUAUUCGUGUAAUCGAAUUUAAUGUUAUGUGAUAAGGCUUGUUUACACGGUCGUAGUAGCUAAGCGCUUCGUAUCUUAUUGUUAGCAGUACACUUGAUUGGAUAUUUCGUUCACACUUGUAAUAAGGUACAGUUCCAUGGAACUAAUGAUAAUGUUUACAUCAUUAGAAUGAAGGUUUAUAAAGCUUUCUUUGAAAAUAAGAAUUCUCAGAUGUUCUUAGACAUAGACAUUUAAUUUUUAACUCCCAAGAUUGCUCUUAAUUUUUUUUUAAUAUUCUUACGUAAGCAGAAACUGGACAACAGCUUGUCAUUCCAUAAACAAUGACUGCCAAUGCAUUAAGCAUGUUUAAUUAAAAUGGAAAAUACUCGGGGGUCGGGGAUUAUACCAGUAUGUUUUAUGUUUACUAAGCGCUUAACUGCUAACUUCGUGUGAACGAGGCAUUAGUCUAAAGCCUAAUAUUAACCCCAGCAUAAUAUUUUGUAACGAAGUGUUAGUAUAUACGAAAACAUUAAAGAUUAGUUUUUCAAAAGGCGGAUAAAAGUUAUCUCUCAGAUGAUUCGCAAUACGGAUAAAAAUAAAAAUAGCUAUUAGCGAAAAAUCACCAUUGACACUAGGUGCCUACCCUUGUAUUUGGACCUAUUGUAAUUUAUCUAUUAGGACAGAAUAUAUUUUAUCAGCCUAUUGAAAAACUAGCGCUAAAAUGUAUUAUUAUUUAUUUUAAUUGUAAGUUUAACAUGUAUUCAUGUAUACUUUACGGUAAUUGGCUAGGAAUAAAAAGAACGGUCUGAACAUUUCAAGCAGAUGUAAUUGAAAUAGCGUUGACGUGCAUUGCAUAAAAGAUGAACUGACAAUGAUUAUGAGCCCAUUUUUUCGUAAAUUUUAAAAUUUGCUUGUUGUAAUUUUUGAAAAAUCGUGAAUUUGCCCUCUCGGUGCAAACGUAGAUGCACGUCAUUUUAUUUUGGUAACCAAGUACGUUUAUUCGCAAACGCAAAGCAUAUGUUUUUGUCUUUUUCUAUCUUUAUGGUUAACUAUAGCGCCACCUUCAAAAGAAUACAGGUUUUUCGCGUAUCUCACGGGAGUUAUAGUUUUUACCGGGAUGAAAACCCUAUGUCAUUCUCCAGACUUUAUUAUAUAUACGCGGAAUUUCAAGGGCGUUAGUUCAGUAGAUAACGCGUGAAGUAACAACAAAUAAACUUAUCGCAUUUAUUAUGUCGAAGUUAGAAAGAGACGGAAGACAUGCCUUGUCAACGUUUGUGAAUAAUCCUUGUGGUUCCUUCAUGGCUGAAGUUGAAAUGUUUUCGUGCAUUGAAUUAUAUAUUUUGUAACCAAAGCAUUUAAACCCUAGUCUAUUUGUACGAAGACUAAGUAGUAGUUACGCGUAAAUUAACGAGACGAAGGAAUUGAUCUUGUGAAUAAGUUCUAGUAAAUAUUACACUAGGUAAAGCCGGUUCAUUCCCACGGUUCAUCUGAAAUGGACGGUGAAAACUUAAAAUUUUAAAGGAUAUACGUCUUGUUUUGUAAAUGUAUUUUUGAGCUAUCCACAGGUGAUCUGAGAUGGAGAACAAAUAAAGAAAUACCACCGCCUUCGAAUUAUCUGUGGGUCAAAGUCGUUAUGUUGGGUGCCCUAGAGUGACGCAUGGGAAUGAGCCGCGAGUAAGCGCGUUAAGUUCGCACGUGAUAGGCAGUAUUUUUAUUAAAACUGGGCAAUUUUUAAUACACUGGCAACAUUGCAGGAGCUACAUAGUUGACACAUUUGAAAUAAAUGUACCUGAUGAAAAAUAUAAAAGUAUCCUAUGUUAGAACGCAGGUAUUUAACUACAUAUGCGUAACAAAAUUUCACUCGAAUCGGUCCAGCGGUCUUGCUGUGAAAGCGGGACAGAUAGACAGACUUUCGCAUGUAUAAUAUUGGUAAGGGAUUUACUCAUGAAACUAUCACAAUAUACGUUCCAUGAAUACAGCAUACAACAAAUAUUACAUCACGACAAUGAUUUUUCCUUGUUGUGAGUAUAGAGUUUUGUCAUAAUUGACAGCAAUUAUUGUUUGUGCCCGUAUUUAGUUCUGCAAGGUUUUCAGCGUAUAACAAGUUGCCCUGUGUAACGCCAUGACCCGAACAUUUGUACCUCUAGAUAAGUGCUUCCCUCUCAAAGUUCACAUUAGACUCGAGAAUGGCGUGAUCCGCCAUUUUUGCCACAAUAAAUAUUAACAAUAAUAAAAUAAAUAGCGUUGUUAUAGAAACUGGUGUAUUUUGUAUCGACAAUUGUGAGAUUUACCAUGUUAAAGUUUAUAUGUA